AUGAUGAAGGAAGCUGAAUAUGACAAUUUAGAGGAGCGCCUACAAAAUGCCCAACGAGAGCUUCGAAAGUUGAAGAACGACCUGGACAGCACACAUUUUUACAAAAAUUUGACGGAUGAGAAACUCAAGGAAAUGGUCCGCGUUUUUGAACCGACAGCGACGGAGAGUAAUCUUGAAGACCCAAACUUUGAAAUCGUUCUCUACGGAUUCGCCAUGUACAUUCGUUCGGCAAAAGUGAUCGACGAUUCUUCUUACGAAAAGAUGCAGGACAUGAGCCGACCGAUGACGGACUACUGGAUCGCUUCCAGUCACAAUACGUAUCUGUUAGACGACCAGCUGACAGGGCCGAGCAGCACAGAAGCGUACAAAAGUGCCCUGUUAAAAGGUUGCCGCUGCGUCGAACUUGACUGCUGGGACGGAGCUAAUGGACAGCCGAUUAUUUACCACGGUUGGACCAGGACCUCGAAAAUAAGCUUCAAGGACGUGAUCACAACUGUCCGCCAAUACGCCUUCAAAAAAUCGGAGUAUCCAGUCUGCCUUUCGCUCGAAAACCACUGCCACAUUCCCCAGCAGCAAAAGAUGGCCAAAUACAUGGUCGAAAUCCUUGGAGACCUUCUGCUUCGAGCUCCAGUCGAUCCUGAUGAAGAUUGUCUUCCAUCUCCCGAGGCGAUGAAGGGAAAAAUCUGGAUCAAGGGAAAGAAAUUGAAGGAAGCAGCGGGAGAUUCGACGAGGAACAAGGCGGAGAAUGACGAUUUCGUCGUCGACGAUGAAGUUUCAGAAGAAGACGAGGGAGAAGGAUACGCACAAGGGAAGGAUCGAGACAGCCCAGUUGGAAAUGGAAGUGUUCCAGCAGCAGAAGAAGCUGGAAACCAAAAGAAACAGAAAAAGACCAAAAAGAUCAAGCUGCAUAAAGAUCUAUCAGACUUGGUGAUCUACACUCAAUCCCGUCAUUUAACAGACUUCGACGAUGCCCAGCAAAACUCGGACUACCGCCACAUCAGUUCCAUCGACGACAAAGUCUGCUCUUCCUAUGCAAAGAACCAAUCAAAAGCACUUCUGAACCACACUUCCCGACAGCUGAUCCGAAUUUACCCCAACAAAAAGAAAAUAGACUCUUCAAAUUACAAUCCGAUCCCUGUCUGGGCUUACGGAUGCCAAAUCGUGGCGCUGAACUACCAAACUGCCUGUGAAGAAAUGCUGAUCAACCAAGCUCGCUUCAAACAAAACCAGGGCGCCGGCUAUGUCCUCAAGCCCGAGUUCUUGCGAGAAGAUGCUCUCCACAACAAUAAUUUUGACAUCAACGAUAACUCAACUUUCCCCCGCUCCCAGCCCUUUUCAUACAAAAUCAAGAUCAUCUCAGGCUGCCAGUUGCCAAAGCCGAAGCAGUACAACAAAGGAGAGGUGGUCGAUCCUUACGUUAAAAUCCGCGUAGUUGGUCCUCCAGUCGACGACAGUCCGAAGAACUCAAGGACGACCAAAUUCAUCGACAACAACGGCUUCAGUCCUUGCUGGAAUGAAGAAUUCACCUUGACAACUUGGACAAAGAUGUCGGAACAAAGGACGACAAACUGGCAAAUUCGUACCUUCCAAUGGACAGCAUCGUCCCCGGCUACCGGCAAAUCCCGCUUUUCGACAAAGAAGGCGGCAGUCUCUACCCAGCCACUCUUUUCUUCCACAUUGAAAUAA